AUGAGCUCGGCGCGCCCACUGGCCCCGACGGCACCCCCCCCACCUGGCGGCAGCCUCGACCGCUGGGGAAGAGGAAGCUCGGCGGGCCGCCAGCCGGCCCCGCCCGCCGCCCCGGCGGCGCCCCUCGGCGGCGCCGAGGGCCUCAGCGAGGCGUCCCGCUGGCUGGGCGGCCCCGCCCGCGGGCCCCGCGGGGGCGCCCGAGCCCCCGCCGGCCGCGCGGGCGGCCGCCCGCCGCCGCCCGAGGCGCCGGCGGCGCCGAAGCCCGAGCGGGUGGAGAGCAAGGGGUCCAGCGGGGGCGGGACGGUCGACGAGGCCAAGCCGAUGGAGGCACUUAGGGACAGGUUGGUAGACUGGACGAUCGUCUUCAGCGAGCGCUUCGAGCUGUGCGUCUUCCUGCGCGAGAUCGUUGGGCAGAUGACUUUCAGCGCCUUUGGGCCCCUGGGGAUCCCGCUGCUGCGGCUGUAUCUGGUGCUUGCGCCUUGGAAAAUCGCUCGAUGUCGAUUCCGUCGAAGUCGCAUCACACGUGGCGAGAGUACAUUAUAUUGCUGGCCGUGA